UCAACCAUGAACCAUCUGUUAUAUUUACACCUUGAAGGUGAUUUUAAACCCAAUAAGAGCUUGAAUAAGUUGGUUGGUCAAGAUCAUCAAUGGAGGACCAUUCCGUACCAGUGUUGUUCUUUACUGCUUUUAUCAUACUGCUAUCAAAUUGUGCUGCACUUGAUACCAUCUAUGCAAAUCAACCAAUCAAAGAUGGUGAAACCAUUAUAUCUGAAGGAGAGAUGUUUGAAUUGGGCUUUUUCAGCCCCGGAAAAUCGAUGAAUCGAUACUUGGGGAUAUGGUACAAGAAGAUAUCAAACCGCACUGUCGUUUGGGUUGCUAACCGGGACAGUCCGGUUAAUGACACAUCAGGCAUGUUCAAAGUCAGUAGCAAUGGAAACCUGCAGAUUCUCAGUGGUAGCAACACUCUGGUGUGGUCAUUCAAUUCAACGGUACCUAGGCGGAGUUAUAACCUAGUGGUGGUGGUGCAGCUUCUAGAUACUGGAAAUCUUGUUGUGUGGGACAGCGGCAGCCAAAAUCUGAUCUGGCAAAGUUUUGAUUACCCCGGUGACACAUUGCUAGCAGGAAUGAAAAUCGGGAAGGAUUUGGUAACAGGUUUAGAGUGGUUCAUGACAUCUUGGAAGAGUCCUGAUGAUCCUUCUAUAGGUGUGUAUCAUAAUAGAGUUGACAUAAAUGGAUAUCCAUGAAUUUACGGGAUGCAAGGUCAAGUU